AAGUUUGUCUUUAACCAGGAAGAGGAAAUGUUUACGUUUUUUUGGUAGCCUAUCCGAGACCAAAGCUUUAAAUAUAACUUUAGAGAGAAUGUACGACUGUUUUUGUUUUGAGAGACAUUUUUAAGACACUAGCGAAGAUGGAUGCCCAGGGAAGGCACGAAAGAAGUCCUCUUUUAUCUCGAGUGCAAAAUGAAAACGGAAGACCAAGAAGUCGUCAUGGUCAUAAUAGUCACACUCACAGUUCCACCCGUAAUACGUGCUCUGUGCGUUUAGCUGCCGGGGCGAUUUUACUGUUUGUGGUUCUAGAACGCAUCGCCUUCUAUGGAAUAGUUGGAAAUCUAGUAUUAUUCUUGAAUAAAGAACCAUUUAAUUGGGAAUCGUUUCACGCAGUGACUGUCACGUUUUUCUUCUUUAGUGUCACUUACAUCACUUCUUUAUUUGGAGGUUGGCUGGCAGACUCCAUACUUGGACGGUUUAAGACCAUUGUUCUGUCACUGACUGUGUACAUCAUUGGGUAUGUGAUGCUACCCUUGUUAUCCCUGCCACAAAGUGAUAAAAAGAAGAUACCAGCAAUGUGUCAUGCCCCCGGCAUGAUGAACACCACAUCUCAAAAUGACACCCCCAUCAGUGAUCCUGAUAGGAACCCGUUUGAUGAAAACUGUGCCUGGUUGAUAUUCCUAGUUUUUUUAAUAAUAGGAAUUGGAACAGGAUCAGCCAAAGCGAGCAUGGCACCCUUUGGUGCUGAUCAGGUAGCUGUAGAAGGCCACCAAGCCACUCUGGGAUUUUUCAACUGGUAUUACUGGUGCAUCAACCUGGGAGCGUUUAUCAGUUUGUCGGCCAUCACAUGGGUGCAGCAACAAAUCACCUUCUUCGACGGCUACCUUGCAGCUUGUGCCUGUCUUGCUGCUGGCGGAUGUAUUUUUCUUUUUGGGGCUUUUGUAUUCAUCAAGAAGCCUCCAUCAGGCAGUGUACUGACCAACAUCUUUCGCAUUAUCCGUGAGGCUUGUCGGAACAAACGGCGAAUGAGGUCAAGAAAAUACCAAAUAACUGAAGCCGAUCAACAAAGUCCUGUUGAAUGUGUAGAUGAUUCGGGACCACACAAUACUCGUGUGACGUUCCUCGACAAUGCCAAGCACAUGUACGGGGGAGCGUUCCACGACACUCUGGUGGAGGAUGUGAAGAAACUGAAGAAAAUCCUGUGUGUGUUCGCGGUCCUCAUUCCAUACUGGAUCGUCUACUUCCAGAUGCAAACCACAUUCCUGGUGCAAGGUCUGCACAUGAAACUCCUGUUCAUGAAUGAAACGAGUGACAAAAAUCACGAAGAAAAACCCCAGAUCGUUCCUGCCUGGUUUUCUUUAUUCGAUGUCAUUGUUCUGAUUCUACUUCUGCCAUUGUUUGAUCGUGUGAUCUACCCGAGAAUGGCUAAGGCAGGCUAUCCGUUUUCCAUGACCAAAAGGAUUGGUUUAGGAAUGGUGUUUGCGAUAGCGGCCAUGCUGGCAGCGGGCGUGGUAGAGCACUUCCGACUGAAAGCAUUCUGGCCGCAUUCUGGCAAUAAACAGUGCACAAAUGCUUCAAUUAAUCAGCAUAUAGGUAUUUCAGAUUACGAAGCAGCGGAUUUGAGUAUCCUCUGGCAGAUACCGCAGUACAUUCUCAUCGGCAUCAGUGAAGUCUUCACAAGUGUUGCAGGUCUGCAGUUUGCUUGCUCCGUGUCCCCGAAUUCCAUGAAGGGAAUCAUAAUGGGGCUCUUCUACUUCUUCUCCGGUAUUGGCAGUUUCCUGGGCACGGCCAUCAUCAUGACCUUCAACAACAUAGGUGUCUGGUUCCACAGCUUCGACGCGGGCAACAUAAACUGCCGUAUAUCGUGCAAGAACGCCACCAGCACGUACACUCAAAAAAACGACUGCCAUCUCGACUACUACUUCUACUUCCUAGGUGGUGUGGAGUUCGUUGGGCUCCUCCUGUUCAUUGUCGUGGCAAAAUUAUUCUGUCUGGAAAAAGACCCCGAACGGCCGAAAGUUCUUCGAAGCGAAUCCCUGAGGAAUCCGUCUGCUCCAGUACCAAAUGGACGUGGACUCAUGGAAGGACUUAACUGAGGACAUACGGUUGUGCUGGUUUUUUCCAAAUCAACCAACGCAGGGCUUGAAAUAGGAAGUAAAAUAUGACCCGAUGGGUUUUUUUUUUGGUUUUUUAAUAAAUAGCAGACAAAUAGAAAUAUGUCCUGCUAAGAAAAGAAAGAAAAAAUCUGCUGAAAAGACAGCGUGAGGUAAAGGGUGGGUUUGGGACAGAUGCAUGGUUUCUUGAAUGUUGGGGUGUCGUGUUUUUCCACUGUUUUACGAGUUACUGUAUUCUGAAUGGACAAUGUGACUAAAAAACUGAAUGUUGUCCUUCAAUAAACCAAAAAAAGAAGAAGAAAAGAAGUCAUUACGUAAAACAGCUUGUGGAAAGGACGUCAAAAACUGAUUUACCCGUAUGUGUAUUUUUGACUAAAUAAGCUGUGUUGUUUAUAUUUAUAAAAAGUGUUUGUAAUUUUUUGAUGAAUUUAUUUAUGUACGCAAUGCAAUUUUAUCCUAUUUGUGACUGUUAUACAUCGAUAAAUUCACACAAAAAUUACAAACUAUUCUUAUAUAAAAACUGUAGAGCAAUGAUGAUCAGAAAUUAGUAUUAAAGUCACAAAACAUAGUCAAGUGAUGUUAUGCAAUUUUUGUUUACUGUUAUAUGUUGAUCAAUCUUGUACAACUAAAACAAAAAUGGAGCUCAACUACAAACUGACUUGUCUUCUGUACAUUUAAACUGGUGUCAGUGUUCUUGCUCAAAUAUAUGUGUGAAAAGGUGAGGCCUAUGUUAAUCUCAUAAUACUAUUGGAUAUGAAAUUUGCGUUUAAAAACAGAGACGUUGUUGUGAUGUUUUAACACAUACUUUGAUUAUUUAUGUCCAUGCAAAUGUAUACACACAUACUAUAAUUAGUGUUGCUUAAUACUCUGUUGCACCAUAAACUAUGAAUAUGGUAGGUAAACAAUGAUGCAACUAUUAAUGCUCUGGGUUGUUUUGUAUUGUGAACUAUACAGAAGUGGUGUGAAUUCAGAGAGGCUACAUGGCAACCACAACAGUGUUAUAUGGCCUGUACCAUGCUGCAUGGCUACCAUAACAAUGCUACAUGACUCCCAUAACAAUGCUACAUGGCGGCCAUAACAAUGCUACAUGGCAGCCAUAACAAUGCUACAUGGCUCCCAUAACAAUGCUACAUGGCUCCCAUAACAAUGCUACAUGGCGGCCAUAACAAUGCUACAUGGCUCCCAUAACAAUGCUACAUGGCUACCAUAACGAUGCUACAUGGCCCUCAUAACGAUGCUACAUGGCUCCCAUAACGAUGCUACAUGGCUCCCAUAACGAUGCUACAUGGCUCCCAUAACGAUGCUACAUGGCUCCCAUAACGAUGCUACAUGGCUCCCAUAACGAUGCUACAUGGCUCCCAUAACGAUGCUACAUGGCUCCCAUAACGAUGCUACAUGGCUCCCAUAACGAUGCUACAUGGCUCCCAUAACGAUGCUUCAUGGCUCCCAUAACGAUGCUACAUGGCUCCCAUAACGAUGCUACAUGGCUCCCAUAACGAUGCUACAUGGCUCCCAUAACGAUGCUACAUGGCUCCCAUAACGAUGCUACAUGGCUCCCAUAACGAUGCUACAUGGCUCCCAUAACGAUGCUACAUGGCUCCCAUAACGAUCUACAUGGCUCCCAUAACGAUGCUUCAUGGCUACCAUAACGAUGCUACAUGGCUCCCAUAACGAUGCUACAUGGCUCCCAUAACGAUGCUACAUGGCUCCCAUAACAAUGCUACAUGGCUCCCAUAACGAUGCUACAUGGCUCCCAUAACGAUGCUACAUGGCUCCCAUAACGAUGCUACAUGGCUCCCAUAACGAUCUACAUGGCUCCCAUAACGAUGCUUCAUGGCUACCAUAACGAUGCUACAUGGCUCCCAUAACGAUGCUACAUGGCUCCCAUAACGAUGCUACAUGGCUCCCAUAACGAUGCUACAUGGCUCCCAUAACGAUGCUACAUGGCUCCCAUAACGAUGCUACAUGGCUCCCAUAACGAUGCUACAUGGCUCCCAUAACGAUGCUACAUGGCUCCCAUAACGAUCUACAUGGCUCCCAUAACGAUGCUUCAUGGCUACCAUAACGAUGCUACAUGGCUCCCAUAACGAUGCUACAUGGCUCCCAUAACGAUGCUACAUGGCUCCCAUAACGAUGCUUCAUGGCUACCAUAACGAUGCUACAUGGCUCCCAUAACGAUGCUACAUGGCUCCCAUAACGAUGCUACAUGGCUCCCAUAACGAUGCUACAUGGCUCCCAUAACGAUGCUUCAUGGCUACCAUAACGAUGCUACAUGGCAUUCAAACAAGACAACACAUUUAUUACUCUAUGAUCCUUACACAAUUUAAUUAAGUGUUUAGUUUUGUUCUCACGGUCUUGACUUAAUGUAAACUAGGCUCAAAUGUCAUACAGAUUGUAUGCAGUUUUAAUUGUGCUUGAAUUCAAUAAACUAUAUUGAUGUUGUGAUGCCAGACUGAAAUGGUUUUAUAAGCAGAGACAAAGUCAAAGACUGGUGUUGAUUCAGUUGUAAUAAUGGUGAUCCGUGUUCCAGUGUAAUGUGUACUAAUAAUUGUGAAACCAAUUUCAUGUGCUGGAUUUAUGAUGCCUGUUUUCCUCUAAAUGCUGCUGUUUAAGCAUUGUAAAGGUGUGUGUAGUUGCAAGAUGAAAAUAGUAUUUUUAAUUUCAGCCAAUAAAUUUAUGUUUAUUACAUCAAACUGAAAGAUGGAUCAUAUUAGAGGUGAAAGAAAAUUAUUUAUAUG